AAUAGAUAUAGCUGUCUCUUUUACACAGUUAUUUUACUUCUGUUUUGCCAUCUAAUUAACCCGAUACCCAACAAACAAAAAAUAACUGUAUUAAGUUAGCUUAGAUGAUGGAUGGUGAUUGGCCAUCGUAAUUGAAGGUAAACAUAAUGUCUGCGCCACAAAGAAAAUUCAAACUCAAUGAAAAUGUACUUAAUUUACUUAAAACGUUUAGAUCGCAAACACGGCAAAUUGUGAUGAGGCAUCGGAACAUGAUCAAGUUAAUGCAUUAACUUUAAAGGGGCAAUUAGAAGUAUUACGUUCGGCGAUGGUGGUCGGGCAAUCAGUAUUUACGACGGAAGCUACGGUGAACGCGUCAUAAACGUGACAUCGGGAAGUGGCUCGCGGUGUGGCGCGCACCUCAUGGCCUAUUGUUUCGACGGUACUGCCUUGGGCACGCACGGACUGGCUAUUAAAUUUGGACUCGAUGCUCAUUCCCUUUUAAAUUGUGGAAGCAACGGACGCCUGGAUCUAGCCACCGCCAAUUGAAUUUAAAACCGGGAAAGUACAAUUUUUAAAUAAAAGUGACAUCGGUCUUGAUUAAAGAUACGUAGCGUUCUCGUAUCUAUUAGUCGUGUUAACAAAAUUUCUUUAAUUGAAGUUCGUGCUAACUCGGUAUCGUGACCCAACCUUCUAACAAUUACUUUGAUACCGAUCUAUACUAUUUGUCGACGAGUCCUAAUGACUCUAUUUAUUUUGAAGACGUCGUUGUGGUGAAUAAGAGUGGAUGAUAAAACGAAAUGACUUCUGUCACUAGCAGUCGCGUGUGCCUAUAGCAAAUCAUGAGUCCUGUUUACACUAUUCAUAAAAUAGGUCUGAGCAGCAUGGGCCCGGUGCCGAGUGAAGAUGAAGCACGCAGCAACUGGAUGCAGAGACAGUUCUCUAGAGUGACCCGAAAUCUCCGUUAUCGCAUCAGCGGGGAGGGCCAUUCCAAAACGCCGGAUUGGUUUUUGGACAAAUUUGCGGCUCAGACGUUUACCGAUCCCGAAGAGCCCCUGUACCAAGCCAAGCGAUCCAAACUCCUUUGUGGGCUUAAACUUGCGUUUGAUCCAACCCUGCCUGGCCAUUAUCAUUGGUUGGCUGUGGUUUCAUUGGCUAUUUUGUACAACAUGGUGUUCGUCAUCGGCCGAGCAGUAUUCUGGGAACUGGAUAAACUGACGGCGGUGUGGUUUGUGCUGGACUAUCUUUGCGAUGCCAUAUAUCUAAUGGAUACCGUCGUGCACGUCCACGAAGGAUACCUUGAACAAGGUCUUAUGGUAAAAGACCCAAAAAUGCUCAGAUUAAAUUAUUUAAAAUCUGUUUCCUGGCGGUAUGAUCUAAUAUCCCUAUUACCAACAGAUAUAGCAUACCAGUGGUGGACUCCCGGAUCUUGUCAUGCUAAACGUUUGCCGUGCCCUGUUAUUGUACGACUCAAUCGACUGUUUCGCUUGCCUCGAAUGUGGGAGUGGUUCGAUCGGACUGAGACUGCCACAAGUUAUCCAAACGCUUUCAGGAUUUGCAAGGUUGUCAUGGGGAUAUUAGUUCUUAUACAUUGGAAUGCCUGUUUAUAUUUUGCCAUAAGUUAUGCUAUUGGAUUUGGAACAGACAAUUGGGUAUACAAUAUAACUGGGACCCGGAACGAAACAUUGGCACAUCAAUAUAUUUACAGCUUUUAUUGGUCUACGCUUACCCUAACUACUAUCGGAGAAACUCCACAGCCAGAAAUUGAUGCCGAAUAUCUGUUUGUUGUUGCGGACUUUUUAGCCGGUGUAUUAAUAUUCGCUACAAUAGUCGGUAACAUUGGAUCAAUGAUUUCCAACAUGAACGUAGCCAGGGUGGAGUUCCAAAACAAAAUGGAUGGUGUAAAACAAUAUAUGGCAUUCAGAAAAGUAAGCGGAGAACUUGAAGCCAGAGUUAUUCGUUGGUUCGCUUAUACAUGGGCGCAAAGUGGAGCGCUAGACGAAGAAAAUGUCUUAUCAUCUUUACCUGACAAACUUAAGGCAGAAAUUGCUAUACGCGUUCAUUUGGAUACUUUGCGUAAAGUGAGAAUAUUUCAGGAUUGCGAACCUGGUUUGUUAGAGGCUUUGGUUUUAAAACUGAAACUUCAAGUUUUCAGUCCAGGCGAUUACAUUUGCCGAAAAGGUGACGUAGGAAAAGAAAUGUAUAUUGUCAAACGAGGAAGGCUCCAGGUAGUGGCCGAUGACGGCAAAACUGUAUUAGCCACUUUGAGCGCUGGUUCAGUUUUUGGAGAAGUGAGUGUUCUAGAGAUAGCUGGUAAUCGUACUGGCAAUAGAAGGACAGCUAACGUGCGAUCAUUGGGCUAUUCCGACUUGUUUUGCUUGGCAAAAAGAGAUCUUUGGGAAGCCCUUGCUGACUAUCCAGAUGCAAGAGCAACACUCACUGAACGAGGCUGUCAGUUAUUGAGGAAGGAUGGCUUGCUUGAUGAAGCUGUUUUCGAAAAUGCGCAAACAACUCAACAGAGCAUGGAGGAAACUGUGCAUAAAUUGGAAACUACCGUCGAUAUGUUGGAUAAUCGCCUACAAGGACUACUGACAAACGUUGGCGAAGAACAGGCUAAAUUAAAACAAAGGAUAAACAAGAUAGAACUAAGGGUUUUAGACACGGAAGGUGAAGAUACUGAUUCUGAUGAUGUGACGUCAUUAGCAGCUUCAGAUUUAAGAAGUGAAAUAGGUGCUUAUAGCGAGUUACCGAUGAUCUCAGCGUAUAACACCUCCAUGCAUCUGCUGACACAUCCAAUGCCAGUGCGAGAGCGUGGACACUCACUGAGUGUUGAGAGAUCGUCUGGAUUACUUAACAGAGCUCCGGAGCCACGCAGCAAGUCACUUCGAUUGAAACGGUUUCACAAAGACACUUCAAAAUAAUGUGCAGAAAAAUAUAUUUAAAGCAAGAGAUGGUAACGGAUAGAGAUCUUGAAAACAAGAAAGAAGACCGAUCUUUAAGAAAGACCUUAUAAUUUGAAAAAAAAAAAGAAAUUAUUUUUGAUAGGGUAAAUUUUUACAAAAUUAAAGUGUUUUAUAUUUUCGAAAAUGACCAAAAUCAAGUUGAUUUUAAUUUUUAUGAAAAAAAUUAGAGAAAUUUAUAAAAAACAAUUACGUAAAUUAUUAGUAUUGGCGCAUUCGGUAUAUACACUCUUUUGCAAAAAAAACGGGCACCUAUGCGAAAUCUUAGUUUUUAGGACUUUACGUGUAUUUCAAAGGGUUUUAAUUAUUUUAGUAUGUUUCUAGCAUCAAAAGAGUUAGCCGAGCAUGCGUGAGAGUGUAUUCUAAAUUUGAAUUUUGUACAAUUGCUAAGAAAUUGGUUAAACCUUGUUUUGGACUAAUUGCUGGCAGAAAGUUCGUCGGUGUUUUGAAAAGUUUUUGAAGU